UUCAGUGAUAAUUUUAAGAAGCAGUUUGAAUGUUAGGAUUUGCGAAGUAGCAAUGUGCAUGUAAAAUAUUAAUCACGUCUUUCUGAACAACUUAGACUGAGAAAAUGAGUUAUAUCAACGUUUAGAAAAGGAGUUUAGUUAUAAGCGUUCCUGUGCGUGAGUUUAAAUUAUAUGAAUAUUUAAACAGGUACUUAAAAUAAAAUCCCCUUUUCGAAAAUCGAAGCAAUCAUGGCGUCAGAUGUGUUGAAUAUUAACGUUGGAGUUUUAGGUCAUAUUGAUAGUGGAAAAACAGCUCUUGCUAAAGCUUUAAGCACAACUGCCAGUACUGCCGCAUUUGAUAAAAAUCCUCAAAGCAAAGAAAGAGGUAUUACUAUUGAUUUGGGAUUUUCAUCCUUUCAAGUGGAUUUUCCAGAAUGUCUUCGAGAUGAAACGACAGCGAACACGAGGUCUCUUCAGUUUACGCUUGUCGACUGUCCUGGGCAUGCUUCUCUAAUUAAAACCAUUAUUGGAGGAGCUCAAAUUAUUGACAUGAUGAUGUUGGUGGUUGAUGUGACAAAAGGGAUGCAGACUCAAACAGCAGAAUGUUUAGUGAUUGGUGAAAUUACAUGUGACAAAAUGAUUGUUGUUCUUAAUAAAAUUGACCUUCUUCCUGCUGAGAGGAAACUGAGCAUGAUUGACAAGAUGACCAAAAAGAUGCAGAAGACACUAGAGAAAACAAAGUUUGCAGAAGCUUCAGUUAUUCCUGUAGCUGCAAAACCAGGUGGACCAGAGGCAGGAGAAAUUGCACCAGUUGGAAUUCAAGACCUGAUUGAAAACCUGAUCAAACAGGCUUAUGUGCCUUAUCGAAAAUCUGCUGGUCCACUCUUGUUUUCUGUAGAUCAUUGUUUCUCUAUCAAAGGACAGGGAACAGUAAUGACAGGAACAGUGAUCCAAGGAAGUGUAUCAGUAAAUGAUACAAUAGAGAUGCCUUCCCUGAAAAUGACGAAAAAGGUGAAAAGUAUGCAGAUGUUUAAAAAGCCAGUGGAUACAGCCAUACAAGGUGGAAGAGUAGGAAUUUGUGUGACUCAGUUUGAUCCAAAAAUGCUGGAAAGAGGAGUUGUAUCUUCACCAGGAAGCAUAACAGUGACAUAUGCAGCAGUUGCUUCAGUUAAGAAAAUUCCCUACUUUAAAAGUACCUGUCGUACCAAAGCCAAGUUUCACAUCAGUCUGUUGCAUGAUACAGUGAUGGCAAAAGUCACCUUCUUUGGACUUGCAGCUAAUAUUAUUAAAGAAAAUUGUGACAAUCAAACUUCAGAUUUAAAAGAGAAGGAUGCAGAAGAUAUUUCUUAUUUUGACUUUUCCAAAGAAUACAAGUACCAGGAUGAAUUAUUUCCUGAAGGUUCAAGAAACUGUGAAGAAAAAUUAGUACAGAAUGAAAAUGGUUUUGUUCCUAUUCAACAGUUUGUUCUUUUAGAGUUUGAAAGACCAGUGCUUGUACCUCAUGGUGCACUUUUCAUUGGUUCAAAGUUAGAUAGUGAUAUCCAUGCUAAUAUUUGUCGAUUAGCAUUUUAUGGAUAUGUUCAAGAGCUUUUCACUGACAUCAAAUAUACAGAGAAUGGCUUACCAAACUUAAAAAUUUACAAACAAAAAAUGAAAGAAGGAGUUGUUGAAAGGAUUGUUAAUGACCAAGAAGUGAUUGGAAAAUCACUUUUUAAAAAGGAAACAAAUAUUCAGACAUUUAUUGGUUUAAAUAUAAAUUUAUCAACUGGAGAAAGUGGAAAAAUUGAUGGAAGCUUUGGGCAGAGUGGAAAAAUUAAAAUCUAUAUUCCAGAUGGGCUUAAAGAAUCAACUAAGUCUCUUCUAUCAACAACCAAGAAGAAGGGAAAGGGCAAAGAAGAAUUAGCCAUGUCAGCACACACUAAUGUUGACCAACAUGUAAAACUUCAGCUGACUUUUAAAAGAUAUAUCUACGAUACAAAGAAAAGGAUGAUUCAAUUAUAACAUUUGUUUUUAAAAGUGAUAUGUUUUCUUGUUAUUGAGAUAUUCAAAGUCUAUCAUGUUAAAAGAAUUAUGAAAAGAUUAUGUAUUAAUUGACUUGAUUUGCUUUAUAGCAAAAAAAAAACUGAAAUGAUGAGUGGCUUGAUAUAUAAUAUUUAAUCAGCUUCAAGACUAAGUAGGUUCAACAAAAAUAAAUUAUAUUAGAUUGUUCUUCUGAUUUGGAAUCCAAAAAAAUACCACUUUUUAUUAUAUUUUUGUGUGAACAGGCAUCUGUCAAAAGUGUAUAAUAUGCUUACAGUUCUGCAGUUUUAAAGCAGCAUUCAGAAAUAUAUAUAAAAGUAGUAAAUAAGUAUUUUAUUAACAUGUAUGGAAGUAAGCAAAAUGAAUAAAAAUGAAACUACUUUUUGUACUUAGAAAACAGAUACCGUGUUAUUAGCUAUUGAUACAAGCACAAGAUAACUUUUUCUUUGUACUUUCUGAACUAAUUUAUUGAUACCAUAUACUGAUUCAUUUAUAUGUAUAGUGGAAGUAUGAUUACAACACUGCUCAUUUAUAUUGAUAUAUAUUAUCACUGUUUCAGAUUCUCUAGGGUUAUUUAAAUGGAAAGGACUAUGUAUUUUCCAUUUGUAAUUUUGCAGUUUUAUUGAUUAGCAUAAUUUGACACAUUUCUGUGUAAAAUUGUAAUAAUUCUUGCAGAAUCCAUUAGAGAUACGCACAAAGACCCCAUAAAAUUAGUCACAAAAAUUUUAACUUUAGUAAUAUGGCAAAAUUGGUCCUUUAAUAGAUGGUCAAUGUGUAAAAACAAUAUUAUACUUGUGUGUCUAAGAUUCUGAAACUAAAAGAGCCAAUGUAAUAAUUAAAUUUGUUAUAAUAUUUCUAGAAUCUAAUGGUGCUGUAUACUUUUGCAAAGAAAGUAAUCAACUUUAAUGUAUAUAAUAAAUGCAAACUUCAAAUGUGUACAUAUGCAAAUUACAGUUCAUUUUUAAAAAUAAAGUUAAAAAGUACUAACAGCAUUUUAUUUACAUAAUUGGCUUCUGUUUCAAGAGCUGUGGAUGGUUCAACAUUUACUUUAUAGUUUUAAGUUUUAUCUAACAAAAGGAGCCAUGCCCUAGUAAUUUUUUUUAAUUUUGACCAUGUAAGUCAUUUAAUUCAACAACUGCAGUCAUAUCUGUGUAGUUGAUAUUUUAGUUAUCUCUCUCUUUGUUUUUUCUAAAGCCAGAAGUGUUCCAAACUCUCAAACUUGGUAGUGUUCCAUCAAAUAUAUAUACCACAGUCAUUUUCAAUUUUUCCAGGAAGCAAAGUAGUGUGAAACUGUGAAAUUGAAUAAAAAUUGAAUAAAAAAUAUGCUGAAUG